AUGGCGAGUGGGAUCGAGGUUGCCGGCGUCGUACUCGCGGCAAUCCCACUUGUCAUAUCAGCUCUAGAAACCUACGAGAAUCUCCUGGACCCAACGAAGGCCUUUUUCAAAUACGGCGCCGAGCUUUCCAGAGCUACGAGACAGCUUGUCAACUACUAUACAUCCUAUGAACAGUCAAUACGGAUUCUCCUUACUCCGAUCGCGGACCCGCAAGAGCUCCAUGACAUGAUGGAGAAUACCGACAGCGAGCUUUGGAAAGAUAAUGAAAUAGAGCAAGCGCUUCAAGAUAGGCUAGGGACGUCAUACCGUGCGUACAUAAGGACAGUCCGGGAAAUUGAGAGCACAAUGACGUCGAUUGCUGAGCAUCUCAACAUUACAGGUGCUGACAAGAUUACCCAGGAAGGUCUCGAAGCAAUCAUUGCAGCCCAUCCCCCAGAAAUACAGCAUGGCAAGGCCCCCAAGUUUGAGUUCCGCAAACGAGUCAAUUUCACCAUGAAGCGCCAAAGAAUCAAAAAAUCGCUUGAUGAUUUGGCAAAAUCUAUCGACCAACUGGACACCUAUCUGGAAAAGGCAGAUAAAUUGGAGGAGCCUUACAAGGUGAAUCGCAAGUCUAAGUUUGCCCUUCCACUCCACUUGAUACAACAGAAUGCAGCCAGGCUCUACGACGUAUUAUCUCGAACCUGGUGCUCUGCUCACUCCACGCAUUCCGCCGGACUAUUGCUUGAACAGCGUCUGGUGACGAAAAAGAAAAGAGGCAUGGCAAGCCGGCAGCGGGGACAGUCAUCAGAGAAGUGCGAUUCUAACUGCUUCGGAAUCUUAUUGUUGCAAACACCUCCCACUAAGAAGUGGCUCGAAGUGGAGUUUCGUAUUGUAGAAGCUCUCCUUACUGAGGAAUCAAGCAGCUCAACAGUGCAAGUCGUCGUUUCGACUCCCCCUACGGCCUCAUUUUCCAUCCCCAAGGUAACCCUUCCAUAUGCAGAUCCGUCUCAACUUCAAGUAGUCACAAACCUGUGUUCAGUCCUUCAGCAGUCCCGUCAUCCAUGGAUAGGCUUCUGUGUAGACAACAAUGGUCAUCUCAGAGGCGCUUAUCCAGCCCAGGACCGCAGCGUAGCCUACGUCGAGAACGGUGUCGGGCUCGACGAGAUACUUGCCAAUAGAACAUGUUCGUUGAGUAAAGAAGAAGUCUACAACCUGUCCAUCACUUUGACCUCCUCUCUCCUUCAACUCAGUCAUACCCCAUGGCUUCAGCAGACGUGGCAUAAAGCGGAUAUCUUCUUUCUCCGAGCAAAAGACGGUUCUGCAGUAGCAGUUGAUGUUAAGCACCCCUAUCUAGCAUGUGAACACAAGUCCGAUAAGAUACAAAUCGUUCGACACAACGUGUUUUCUGAGAAUGAUUCUUCCAAACUUCUGGCUCUCGGGACUAUGCUCCUUGAAAUCUGUUGCGGACAACCCAUUGAGAACCUGCGUCGAGCUGAAGACCUUGGCCCCAACAAUGAACCCAGUGAGCUCUCUAAUCUUAGUGCUGCCCGGCGUUGGCUUCGGGAACAGAAAAGCAAAGGGGAUAUAUCUUUUGCUUUCUACUCAGCAAUCUUGCACUGCCUGAAAUGCUUUGUGGACCCUACAGCGGAUCUGGAAAACAGGGAAUUUUCCCGAACCAUUGAGGAGCAAAUCCUUGCGCCACUUGAGGAGGAGCAGAACAUUCUCCUCUGGGGCCCGCCUUCUCGUUGA